CUCAGUGAAACACACGUGAAAUGAAGACGGAGCACAGAUAGCAGCGUUAGCUUUUCCUUUGUUAGAAAGUGGUUUGAAGACGGAUUCGGCGUUUUAGAUUGUUUUCAGGGUUUAAAGAAAUCAUCGCCAGGUCCGAGGAAGAGAUGGAUGAUCAGCACAGACUGUUGGUUUUCACCCGGACACCCCAGAUAAUUUUAUACCAAAUAGAUCUCUCACGAUGCAUUGUAGUUAAAGAAGAGGAGGAGGUUCCCGUUCAGCUCAAUAACCAGGAUGAGAAUUCCACUUUAGAUCAAGAGGAACCAGAACCUCUGGGUAUAAAACAGGAGCAAGAGGAACCGGAACAUCAACAAUUCAAAGAGAAUCAACUCUGCAUCAGUCAGGAUGAAGAGCAGCUUGUGCGAAAACAGGACACUGAUUCUCCUGAAGUUGAGAAUCAGGAUCAAGAUGCAAUUGAUUCUGAAAAUCAAGGAAAAAAUAGAGAUGAUCAGAAACAACAUGAGAGAUGUCAGAAGACCAAACAGCAGAAAGGGACUCUCCCAGGCCACAGUUUGUAUUCCUGUGAAAUUUGUGAGAAAAUCUUUUCUGGACAAAAGGGUUUCACAAUACACAUGAGAAAUCACAUGCGUGAGAAGACGCAUGGAUGUACAACCUGUGGAAAACGUUACUAUAGCAGAAGUGGUUUAAAUCUGCACAUGAGAGCCCACACAGGGGAAAAACCGUUCACAUGUGCAACAUGUGGAAAAAGCUAUGGUAGCAGGGUUUCUUUAAAUUUUCAUAUGAGAACUCACACAGGGGAAAGGCGGUUCAAAUGUGUUGUUUGUGGAAAAGAUUUCCGUCAAAGUUCGGCUUUACAUACUCACAUGAGAACUCACUCAGAUCAGAAGCCUUAUUCAUGCACAACCUGUGGGAAAAGGUUUUCUAAUAAAAGUGUGUUAAAUUCGCACAUUAUAAUUCAUACAGGUGAGAAACGUUACUCAUGUAUUGCUUGCGGAAAACGUUUUAGUCAGAAAAGUCAGUUACGGUAUCACAUGAUGACUCACACAGGUGAGAAACCCAUUUCAUGCAUCACUUGUGGAAAAACGUUCACUCAUAAAGGUAAUUUAUCUGAGCACGUCAAAACUCACACAGGUGAGAAGCCUUUUUCGUGUUCUACUUGUGGGAAAUGUUUCAGUCACAAAAGCCUUUUAAGAAAUCACAUGAGAAGGCACACAGGUGAGAGGCCUUUUUCAUGUACCACCUGUGGAAAGACUUACAGUGAGAGAAGUGGUUUAGCUUAUCAUGUCAAAACUCAUACAGCUGAGAGACCCUUCUCCUGUGUGACUUGUAAGGCAAGUUUCCGAAAACAAUCCUUUUUAACAAAUCACAUGAAAACUCACACAGUUGAGAAGACUUACGCAUGUGUGACCUGUGGAAAAACUUUCACUCAGAAAUGUGAAUUGGCUAUUCACAAGAAAACCCAUAGGGAAGAGGGACCCUUCUUAUGUGCGAUAUGUGGUAAAAGUUUCCGUGGAAAAAGUAGUUUAAAUUACCACAUGAAAAAUCAUGCAGAGGAAAAGCCUUUCUCAUGUGUGACCUGCGGAAAAGGGUUUCUUAGGAAGUCCCAUUUAAUAUGUCACAUGAGGAGUCACACAGGGGAGAAGCCUUUCUCAUGCAUGACUUGUGGAAAAAGUUUCUCUGUGAAAUGUAACUUAACUUUUCACAUGAAGACUCAUACAAAUGAGAAGCCUUUCUCAUGUGCAACCUGUGGUAAAGGUUACCAUAAUAAAAGUAGUUUCAAUUACCACAUGAGAAAUCACACAGAGGAAAAGCCAUUCCUGUGUGUGACCUGUGGAAAAGGAUUUGUUCAUAAUUCUCAUUUAAUUUUGCACAUGAGAAGUCACACAGGGGAGAAGCCUUUCACAUGCACAAUAUGUGAAAAAAGCUACGCCAUAAAAAGCAGGUUAACUGUUCACAUGAAGACUCAUACAGGUUAGGAGCCUUUCUUCUGCUUGUUCUGUUGAGAAGCUUUCCAGCAGAAAUGUCCUCUACUAUGUCACCCAAAUGUGAGACAAAGUGAUGCAAACUUGAAGUAUCAAGUUAGUAAAUUUUUGUUUAGAGAGGGGAAUAAUUUCAUGAAGACUCGUAGAGAUGAGAAGCCUGUAUGAAUUACAUAUAAUGUGUUCAAAUAAUAAGUUUAGCUGAAAUACUUUAUGAAAUUCAUAAUUUUUGGGAGUUUUACUUUAACAUUUAAAAUUAUUUUUUCCAGUGAGAUUGUCAGUGUCUUCAAAAAAUUGUUUUGAAUGCAUUUUUUUUAAAGAACAAUGCAUUUCAGUGCUUUUACUUUCAGACUGCAGUGGAUUUUUUUUAACUUGGACUUUUGUUACAGCUGCAUAUGUGAAAUAGAAUCACUCAUAGCUAUAUGUAUAUGUAUUAGAGUACACAGAUACAAAUGUGUGAAAAUAAGUAAAGACAAAGAAGUUUGUUGUUCAUUUGC